UUCUUCAACGUCAAGUAUAAAGGCAGAUUGAUCGCUGACAAAACAAGAUGAAAACUUUUGUUGUUGCUGCUUGCGUAUUCCUGAUUAGUGUAGCGUACGCUGUUCCUCAGCGAUACGGUUAUGAUUCCCAGUUGUAUGUCCAUCCACAACCCCCUUAUGGAGCUUAUGGUCAUUCCCAAGCCGGAGCUUACGCUGGCCAGACGGCUUACGGUGUGCCUCAAGCCGGAGUUUAUGCCCAGACUAAACCAGCUCAUGACCAAAGUUACGGCAACUCACAGUCCUACGGCCGUGAAAUGCAUUAUUCUAUACACGAUCCUCAUACCAAAAGCCAUAUGCAAGUCAAAGAGAUGCACGUAAAGAUGGACCGUAAAAUGAAUAGCAAAGAAGCCGAGGAAGCGCUUCAUGACAUAAUGGGAUCCAUGCACGGCGGCGAGGAAGGCUUCAAAGACUUUCUGUCAAGUAUUGGAUUCUAAUUUAACAUCACAUUGUAAUACUCAUUUAUUAAAUUUUCAACUACCGGUAGACAAAAGCGAUCAUGCACGGAGAUUUCUUAAAACAACAAAAAAUGCUUUCUUUCUACAUUUCUUAUGUUUUCUAAGUUGUACGUCAUUAUAAAAAAUAACUUUUUGACAGUACAGUUUAGAAUGGUUAACAUUUGUGUAAGAGAUGAAAUCUAUACAUAAGGGAUAAGUGACAUUAAAUUUAUGGGUUUGGGUUUUUAGACCGGUUUUUCUGUACAUAGUAAUCUUGAA